AUGAUGCGCCUCUCGAGCUUUGUUUUCAUCGCCCUCUUUGUUCUCGGAGGACUAUCCGUAGGCAAUGCUGCCGUCGUCGAAAGGCGCAAGGGUAGUGUCACCUACGGCACAUACCCCACUGUCUCCGCGACCACAUACUCCGAGUCCGACAGUGUCUCCUACGGCACCUACCCCACUGUCUCCGCGACCGAGUCUGACAGUGUCAUAUGGGGCACCUGGCCCACCCUCUCCUCAACCGAGUCCUACAGCGCCUCCGCGACCGGCUGCCCCGUGGCCACCGUGACCGUGUACGGUACCACCGGCCCCUUCGAGUCCGACAGUGUCACCUACGGCACCUACCCCACUGUCUCCGCGACCAGUUACCCCGACGAGUCCGACAGUGUCUCCGCGACUAUCUACUCCUACUCCGACAGUGUCAUCUACGACACCUACCCCACUGUCUCUGCGACCAGUUACCCCGAGUCCGACAGUGUCUCCUACGGCACCUACCCCACUGUCUCCGCGACCGAGUCCGACAGUGUCAUAUGGGGCACCUGGCCUACCCUCUCCGCGACCGAGUCCGACAGUGUCAUAUACGGCACCUGGCCCACCCUCUCCGCGACCGAGUCCGUCUGCCCCCAGAGCACAGUGACCGUGCACGUCACAUACCCCACUGCCUCCGCCACCACUGUCUUUUGA